AUGUCAACUACUCCAGAAUGGGUCAUGAUUGGAGGAGAAGGUCCUGAGAGUUACAACCAGAAUUCCUCAUAUCAGAGAGCAUUGUUGGAGGCAGCAAAGGAAAAGAUGAGCGAGAUUAUUUCAGCCAAACUAAGUCUGGAAUUGAUUUCCGAUCGCUUCUAUGUAGCGGAUUUCGGUUGUGCGAGUGGACCCAACACUUUUGUGGCAGUCCAGAACAUUAUAGAUGCUGUAGAAGAAAAAUACAAAAAAGAAACCGGACAAAACCCAGUGGACAACAUCGAGUUCCAAGUCCUCUUCAACGACUUUACCAACAACGAUUUCAAUACCCUCUUCCAAGCACUCCCUGCAGCCAGACGAUAUUAUAGUGCCGGGGUUCCAGGUUCGUUCUUCGAGCGUGUUCUUCCUAAAAAGAGUUUCCACAUAGGAGUUAUCAACUAUGCAUUUCAUUUCACCUCCAAAAUCCCCAAGGGGAUCACGGACCGUGACUCUCCCUCAUGGAACAGAGACAUGCACUGCACUGGAUUCAAUGAAGCGGUCAAGCAAGCUUAUCUUGAUCAAUACUCGGCGGACACCAAGGAUCUAUUAGAUGCUAGAGCUGAAGAGAUUGUGUCUGGGGGACUGAUGUUGCUUUUUGGAUCUUGUCUAAGAGAUGGGGACAAGAUGUCUGAGACCUCUAAAGGAAUAGUGAUGGAUUUCAUCGGCGAGUCUCUUAAUGAUCUUGCUCAACAGGGUAUCAUCGACCAGGACAAG